UCAGAGGCGUGCAGAGAUGGCGAGCCUCCUUUUCACAGACUUAUUAUAGAGACUCCAAGACUGUAUCUCACUUCCGGGUUCGUCGCUAGGCUCCGCCUUCGCCGGAUGUCCUCCUCAGGAAGCUGCGGCCGGGGUUUGCGAUGGCCAGGCGGAUCCUUUAUCCCAUAUACCAGUAUGGAAAUCCUCAACUGCGGGUUUUUCGGACAGAUUACUUCUUAACGUUGGUGAGGCCUGGUAUUCCACAACCAGAAGAUACUGUGCAAUUCCGCAUUCCCAUGGAGAUGACCAGAGUGGAACUGAAGGAUUACCUUGAAAGUAUAUAUAGUAUCCCUGUGGCAGCUAUAAGAACCAGGAUACAGCAUGGUUCAAACAAGCGGAGAGACCACAAAAAUAGACCAAUCAAGAAGCCAGACUACAAAGUUGCCUAUGUACAACUGGCUGGGGGACAGACCUUUCAGUUUCCAGACUUGUUUCCAGAAACAGAAGAAACCAUUGAACCUGGGUCUUUUGAAGACAUCCAGAAGAAAUUUAUGGAAGAUGAGAAGCAAAGGCAGAAAGAUGAUCCGAGACAAGGGGGAAUUUCUCGCUGGUUUGGACUUUGAUGGAAUAAACAUGCUGUUUCGUUUUAGGUAGCUUUGAGAAAUUUUAAUCAUUACAUCUAAGAUGGGUGCACAUUUUGCAGUAUAUUCCAUCCCGUUUUCAAAAGCCAAUUAAAAAUACCUUGGGUUGUUGUAUGUCUUUCAGGCUGUGUGGCCUUGUUGGUAGCAAAUACCUUGUUGUUAGCAAGGAAGUUUGAAAUCAUAAAAAGGGGUAAAUCAGUACUAGUACUUUAAAUUUUCAGAUCAUCAUGUUUUCAUAUGUGAAACAGAACUUGUCCUCUUGUAUCCAUAUAAGGGGUAUACUAUCCAGAUCAUCUUUUUUGUCUCUUCCAGCUUUGGAUAGGUUGAUGAAAUUCCAUUCACAGGCAAAAUAAAAUGAGUCUGAUGUUUACUAUUGUGGGGGCACUAUAACAAUCAAAUUGGCAGGUUACCUCUCAUUUGUUAGAGUGACUAAAGUUGUUGUUUCACAGUCUUUCUGGAAAAACACGGUUAUCCAUUUAGAAGGAUAAUGGUGCUUUGUUUGAGAAAGAAGUUGCAUGUCUUUGUAGUCUGAAAGAGAUAUCUGAAGCUUCAAAACAUGUCAAUGUACCAGUGGAACCUACACCAAUAAAAGACCCUAGCCUUCCCUA